AUAUACUUUUCCGCCAUCGAAGAUCGCUUCUUUGCUUGGUUGCUAAUCUACCUACUCCUUCAAAAUCCCCCCAACUCAUCCGAUUCCUCCAUAAUCCAUCAACAUGGCUUUGGAAUGGGUGGUUCUAGGCUACGCCGCCGCAGCCGAAGCCGUCAUGAUCAUCCUCCUAACCCUCCCCGGCCUUGACGCACUCAGGAAAGGUCUUAUCGCCGUUACAACCAGCCUCCUCAAACCCUUCCUUUCCGUCGUACCCUUUUGCCUCUUUUUGCUAGCGGACAUCUACUGGAAGUACGAAACAAUGCCUAGCUGUGAAUCUCAGAACUGCUCACCAUCGGAGCACCUCCGCCACCAGAAAUCGAUCAUGAAGAGCCAGCGCAACGCUUUACUUAUCGCUGCUGCACUCGUCUUCUACUGGAUCUUGUACUCUGUCACGAAGCUUGUUGUUCGUGUUGACCAGCUCCAUCAGCGAAUUGAGAAGUUGAAGAACAAGGAGUAAGUUGUCGAUCUGUAACCCUAUUAUUGGGGGAUUUAGAUAAGUUAUCUCUGGAUUUGAUUCGCUUUUGUUAUUUAAGUUCUAUGAGUACCCAUCAUUCGAAUUUGAGGCUUGAUGAAUUCUAUUCUACUUUUUAGUGUAAUUGAUACCGAUUUGACUUGCUAUGGAGAUAUAAAAUUGAGUUAUCCUUCGUUA